UCACAAACUCACAAAGUAUCAAUAUUUACUUGCGGCUAGAGAGAGUGCAACAACGCGUCUUCACCAGCCAAAAAAAACCCAACAAAACCAUUGGAUUGUAAACUAAAAGCUAAUAAACAAAAAUCCAAUCUUUCUCUUUUUUAUGCUGAAAACCCAUCAACCCUUUCCAAUAAAGCUUCAAUCUUUACACAUAUAUUUGUUUGAAUAACAAGGGAACUAAUUCAAAGAUCUCACCUUUAUUGUUGAUGGCCCUAAAACACCUUCUUUCCCAGGUCCCGAGGCAAAAAUCACAAUUGAGACUUUUAAAAAGCUUGACUACCAGAGGGUACAAUACUUCUCAAAAGGUCGGAGUUGAUGCAGUUUAUAAUAUUCCAAGUGUACAAAGGAGGUUUCAGUCCAGUUACGUGGGCAAUUUUGCACGAAGAUUGCGCGAACGUGAUGCAGACAGAGUAAGUGAUGCAUCAAAUUUUAGGGAGCUUUACAAUCGAAAUGACCCUGAAUCUAUAAUAAGAAUAUUUGAAACUCAACCUUCGCUGCACCAAGAUCCUUCAGCACUUAAAGAAUAUAUCAAGGCGUUGGUCAAAAUUGAUAGAUUGGAUGAAAGUGAGCUUCUUCAUACGUUGCAGAGAGGAAUGGCAAGUUCUGGGAAACAAGCAUACGAUGAGGAGAUAAUGGGUGGCUUGUCAGCCCUCAAGAAUGUCGGUAAAUCUACAAAAGAGGGUGUAUUAGGAACUGCAGCUGCACCCAUACAUAUGGUGGCUACUGAAGGAGGUCAUUUUAAAGAACAGUUAUGGCGCACAGUUCGUGCUUUAGGACUGGGUUUUUUACUAAUUUCGGGUGUUGGAGCACUCAUUGAGGAUAGAGGAAUUACUAAAGCAGGACUAGGUCUACAUGAUGAGGUGCAACCAAGUAUGGAAUCCAAUACAAAGUUUAGUGAUGUGAAGGGUGUAGAUGAAGCAAAAAAUGAACUUGAAGAAAUCGUUUUCUAUCUUCGUGAUCCUAAGCGGUUCACUCGUCUUGGGGGGAAGCUACCCAAAGGUGUUUUGCUAGUGGGUCCACCAGGGACCGGUAAAACUAUGUUAGCCAGGGCCAUAGCGGGAGAAGCAGGUGUUCCUUUUUUCUCUUGCAGUGGAAGUGAGUUUGAAGAAAUGUUUGUCGGUGUUGGGGCCAGAAGGGUAAGAGAUCUUUUUGCUGCAGCAAAGAAACGAUCACCCUGCAUAAUUUUCAUAGACGAAAUUGAUGCCAUUGGAGGAAGCCGUAACCCAAAGGACCAGCAGUACAUGAAGAUGACUUUGAAUCAGUUGCUUGUUGAAUUGGAUGGCUUUAAACAAAAUGAGGGUAUUAUUGUUAUUGCUGCCACCAACUUCCCUCAGUCACUAGACAAGGCACUUGUAAGACCAGGUCGGUUUGACCGCCGCGUGGUGGUUCCAAAUCCAGAUGUCGAAGGAAGGAGGCAGAUUAUGGAAUCUCACAUGUCAAAGAUCUUAAAGGCAGACGACGUUGAUUUGAUGGUUGUUGCGAGAGGAACUCCCGGCUUUUCUGGAGCUGAUCUUGCAAAUUUAGUCAACGUGGCAGCUCUCAAGGCGGCAAUGGAUGGUGCGAAAUCCGUCAGCAUGGCUGAUCUAGAGUAUGCGAAGGACAAAAUCAUGAUGGGUAGCGAACGGAAAUCAGCUGUUAUAUCAGAUGAAGUCCGUAAACUCACUGCAUACCAUGAAGGUGGCCAUGCACUUGUGGCCAUACACACCGAUGGGGCCCACCCGGUACACAAAGCCACCAUUGUUCCACGCGGAAUGGCUCUAGGAAUGGUGGCUCAGUUGUCUGAAAAAGACGAAACAAGUGUUUCUCGUAAGGAAAUGCUGGCCCGGCUUGAUGUUUGUAUGGGUGGCCGAGUUGCAGAAGAGUUAAUAUUUGGUGAAGAUGAGGUUACAUCAGGAGCUUCAUCAGAUCUUGAACAAGCUACUCGUCUUGCGAGAGAAAUGGUCACUAAAUAUGGUAUGAGUAAAGAAGUUGGGGUUGUGGCUCAUAAUUACGACGAUAACGGGAAAAGCAUGAGUACGGAAACUCGACUCCUUAUCGAGAAAGAAGUUCGAGAAUUCUUGGAAAGAGCUUAUAAUAACGCUAAGAAUAUUCUCACUACUUACAGUAAAGAACAUCAUGCACUUGCUAAUGCAUUACUAGAACACGAGACAUUAUCUGGUAAACAAAUAAAAGAGUUACUUGCUCAGUUAAACGCACCACCUCAGCAACAGCAUCAACAACUGGUUGCACCUAAACCAGUACCACCCUCAACACCGAAUCCUGCAGCAGCAGCAGCCGCCGCCGCUGCUGCAGCUGCUAGUGCAGCAUCUGCUGCCGCCAAGGCAAAAGGUAUUGCUCCUGUUGGAUCUUGAUAAUAAAUGUUGUAAGCUUAUAUAUACGGAACAAAUGUGCAUAUAAUGGUGACUUUUUUAGUUAAUCAAAUGCUUUUUCUAUAUGCCUACUACUGAAUUUGGUGAUAUAUCAAGGGAAGAAGGUUGUAGGAUGUCAAAGAGGCAGCCAAUGUAGUGGUUCUGUUUAGAUUUUUAAAUGAUGAACAUUCUGUUUUAUCAAUGAAUGCAUUCUAGGAUACUGAGUUUUGUGUUUUA